AUGUCAACAAGGCCUCCCCUGGUGCAAGUCAUCGAGAACUCGGCUGGUCAGGAGUCCAAGACACCGUCCAGCCGCUCCAGCGUGGCCCGCUGCCGGAACUCGGGGGCUCCUGAGGGGGACCAGCCACACAUCGGCAACUACCGACUGCUUAAGACCAUUGGAAAAGGCAACUUUGCCAAGGUCAAGCUGGCUCGCCACGUGUUGACCGGUAAAGAGGUGGCGGUGAAGAUCAUCGAUAAGACGCAGCUCAACUCCUCCAGUUUACAAAAGCUCUUCAGAGAAGUGAGGAUCAUGAAGAUGCUGAACCACCCCAACAUCGUCAAACUGUUCGAGGUGAUAGAGACGGAGAAGACCCUGUACCUGGUCAUGGAGUAUGCCAGCGGAGGAGAGGUGUUCGAUUACCUGGUGGCCCACGGCCGCAUGAAGGAGAAGGAGGCGCGGGCCAAGUUCAGACAGAUUGUGUCAGCGGUGCAGUAUUGUCAUCAGAAGUGUAUAGUGCAUAGAGACUUGAAGGCAGAGAACCUCCUCCUGGACGCAGACAUGAACAUAAAGAUUGCAGACUUCGGCUUCAGUAACGAGUUCACGCUGGGGAACAAGCUGGACACGUUCUGCGGCUCCCCUCCAUACGCCGCCCCUGAGCUGUUCCAGGGGAAGAAGUACGACGGGCCCGAGGUGGACGUGUGGAGUCUGGGGGUGAUCCUCUACACACUGGUCAGCGGCUCGCUGCCCUUCGACGGACAGAACCUCAAGGAGCUGCGGGAGCGAGUGCUGCGCGGAAAGUACCGCAUCCCCUUCUACAUGUCCACGGACUGUGAGAACCUGCUUAAGAAGUUCCUCAUCCUCAACCCUUCCAAGAGAGGCAGCCUGGAGCAGAUCAUGAGGGACCGAUGGAUGAACGUAGGCCAUGAGGAGGAGGAGCUCAAGCCUUACAUUGAGCCCCAACCGGACUACAAGGACCCGCAGCGGACAGGUAAGUUUGACGUCAUGCUGCAGAUGGGCUUCUCUCAGGAGGAGAUCCAGGACUCGCUGGUGAACCAGAAGUACAACGAUGUGAUGGCUACGUACCUGCUCCUGGACUACAAGAACUCUGAGCUGGAGGAAGGAUUCAUCAAACCCCGUCCAGGAAGUGAUGUGCAGAGGAGCAUCUCGUCCAAUCAGAAGCCUUCCAACCGCCGAACCACUGAGCAAGGCUCGACCUAUUCAAAGAGGUCAGGACAGGGGGACAAAAGCGGCACCACUCCUGCAGAGGACCCUGGCAGGAAAGGCUCCUCCAGCAGCUCCACUACCAAGGUCCCAGCCAGCCCUCUGGCUCCUGACCGCAAGAAGAGCGCCACCCCAUCCACUAACAGCAUCUUGUCGACGAGCAGCCGCAGGACUUCCCCCCAGACCGAGAGAGCAACACUGGGGCCGGGCAUCCACAACGGCAAGGACAGCCUGAACACCCCAGGGUCCCGUGCGUCCACUGCCUCUGCCACAGCCGUGCUCUCCUCAUCGUCCUCGCGCCCCCGACACCACAAGUCCUACUCAUCCUCCAACCACCCUUGUCCCUCAGACCUGCACGCACCCCGGUCCAGUGGACAACGUGCCCCUGGAGCCUCCCCAUCGGCCCAUAACAUCAGCAGUGCCACUGCCACAGACAGAAACAACUUCUCCAGGGGUGUGGGCAUCCGCAGCACCUUCCACGCAGGGCAGCAGCGCGGUGCCCGGGACCAGCAGGGCUCCGCCUACCCAGGAGGCCCCGCCUCCCCCUCUCUUUCCCACGGCAACAGUCAGGCUCGCCGCACACACGGAGCCACGGGCAUCUUCAGCAAGUUCACUUCCAAGUUUGUCCGCAAAGGCCGUCGGAUUGUCAAUCUGUGCACACACUGCUACGACUGCCCCGACAACUCCCCCGACAACUGCCCCAACGACUGCCCCGACGACUGCCUCGGCAACUGCCCCGACGACUGCCCCGACGACUGCCCCGACGACGGCCCCGACGACUGCCCCGGCGACCACCCCGACGACUGCUGCAGUUUGGCCUCAGCUGUUGUAAGACUCAGGAGCCCGUAUGAGGGAGAGGGCCGGGAUGAGGGCAGCAGGUCGAUGCUGAGCAGCACCGUGGACAAAAGUGACAAGACGUCCGGAGGAGUGCUGUCCCCAAACAACGAGGAGAACUCCUCCCCCGGCUCUGGGAACACAGGUGGCACCGGGACCCCCCCGGCCCUCGGGGGCCAGAAGGACGCGGCCAAACCUCGUUCUCUGCGCUUUACCUGGUCCAUGAAGACCACGUCGUCCAUGGAGCCCGGCGAGAUGAUGCGUGAGAUCCGCAAAGUGCUGGACUCCAACAGCUGCGAGUACGAGCUGCGCGAGCGCUACAUGCUUCUGUGCGUGUCCGGGAACCCGGCCCGGGACGACUUUGUGCAGUGGGAGAUGGAGGUGUGCAAGCUGCCCCGCCUCUCGCUCAACGGAGUCCGCUUCAAACGCAUCUCUGGAACGUCCAUCGCCUUCAAGAACAUUGCCUCAAAGAUCGCCAACGAGCUCAAACUGUGA